AGCUCCCCUCCAGCAGCUCAUCCCCCAACCUGUACUGGUGCAUGCAAUUAUUCCUCCCCAGAUGCAAGACUCUACACUUGCUUUUGUUAAACCUCAUCCGGUUUCUUUCUGCCCAGCUCUCCAGCCUAUCCAGGUCUUGCUGAAUGGCAGCACAGCCUUCAGGUGUGUCAGCCAAUCCUCCCAACUUCGUAUCAUCGGCAAACUUGCUGAGGGUGGCCAUUAUCCCCUCAUCAAGGUCAUUGAUGAAGAUGUUGAACAAGACCGGACCCAGCACGGACCCCUGAGGAACACCGCUAGUUACAGGCCUCCAACCGGACUCUGCACCACCAACAACGACCCUCUGUGCUCUGCCAGUCAGCCAGUUCUCAACCCACCUCACUGUCCACUCAUCUAUCCCACACUUCCUCAGCUUUGUUAUAAGGACGUCAUGGGGAACAGUAUCAAAUGCCUUGCUGAAAUCAAGGUAGACUACAUCCACUGCUCUCCCCCUAUCCACCCAGCCAGAGACAACAUCAUAGAAGGCUACCAGGUUGGUCAAGCACGACCUCCCCCUUGUGAACCCAUGCUGACUACUCCUGAUAACCUCCUUUUCUUCCAGUUGUCUGGAGAUGACAUCCAGUACAAGCUGUUCCAUCACCUUUCCAGGGACAGAGUCUUCAGGCACCUUCCCCGUCUUCCAAGACUUCUCAAAGAUGACCGAAAGCGGUUCAGCAAUCACCUCUGCCAGCUCCUUCAGCACCCGUGGAUGAAUCCCAUCGGGUCCCAUGGAUUUCUGAACAUUGAUGUUAGUUGGGAAAGUUACGAGAGAAUGAAGAAGGGCAAAGGAAAGCUGGACACUGUGUAUGAAGAGUGGAUCUAA